AUGGGAUGUGGAACAUCAAAAUCGGUCCAAACAGCCGUCGAGACAACAAAUCACAGUCAGAAUACGAACGACAACUUUGAAUCAAAACCGACUGCACCCGAGGAUAAAGCUCCUGACACCAGCCUAAUUGAGAGAGGUGAAAAUCAAUUUUCCAUCGGCCAUCGAGUGCAUUUUUCUGGAUACACGGGUGCUGUCAAGUUUGUCGGUUAUCUAAGCGGCCCAAGUGGCGGUGAGUGGAUAGGAAUCGAGUUAGACCAUCCUCAUCCACAGGGGAACGAUGGAUUCUUCGAUGAAGUUCGUUAUUUCACUUGUGCACCGAGGCAUGGCCUGUUUGCUCGACCGUCGGUGGUAUUUCAUCACAAAAAUGCUGAAAAUAUCACUACAGCAACGAAUAUUUCUUUGGAAAUGAUCGCUUUUAUUCAAACGAACAUUCGACGGUUUCUUGCAAGGAUUCGACUAGAAAAAUUUAAACAGCGCUCGGGAAUCGAGAAGCAGAUCGACGCACACGUGUUCGCGACACCAGCGGAACAAACUGAGAGCGUCGAAAAACUGAGCGCCUACCUGACAAGUCGAUGGGAGGGAGACAGGAACAAAGCUUACGCGAUUUUCCGCUGGCUGAGUUUCAAUGUCGCCUACGAUGUGGAUGGCUUCUUUGGAAGGACGGAGAGAAAGAGUGGCGAUGCCGAAAGCGUGCUACGCCAUAGAACAGCAGUGUGCGCUGGUUAUGCGAAUCUUUUCGACGCACUUGGUAAAGCUGCAGAUCUUCAGGUGCAUACCAUAAAUGGCUACGCCAAGGGUUAUGGCUUCGAGCCCGGCCAGCAGAUUAGAGAGACAAAUCAUGCGUGGAAUGGCGUCCUAGUCAAUGGUGAGUGGUUCGUUUGUGAGCCCACAUGGGGUGCUGGUUACCUAGGAGCUGAUAUGAUGUUUCAUCGCAGCCCAGAUGUAUCCAUGUUCCUGAUGGACCCCGAAUAUGCAAUUUGCAGUCACUACCCAUCCGACGAACAGUGGCAGCUCCUCGAGAAACCUAUCAGGAAGGAAGAGUUUGAAAAGUUGGUUGUGCCUUCUGGAAGAAUUCACAAAAUGGGAGUGGAAAUUCUCAGUCACAAGGAAAGCAUGUAUGAUAUUGAUGAUGCAGAUCACGUCGAAAUGAUGUUCUACACUCCAUCGUUGAAGAUACUACGAGGUGAUCUAAAGGACUUCUCAGGAAGAGAAUACGAAGGAAGAAGAUGGACACAGAUUCUGCCCUGCGGGGUGAACCAAGUAAAGCUAAAAGCACAGUUCCCUGCCCCUGGAAAAUACAAGCUGAAUUUGUACGUAAGGGACGAGCUGACCCAUACUAAAUGGCAUGGUGGAAUAGAAUAUAUCAUCCAGGCAAAAAGAGGAGUUAAGAAAAAUCGAGGCGGAUUCCCACAAUUAGGAAGUGAGUUUUACGAAGCAGGAUUCAGUCUUGAUCAUCCAUUCGAGAACAUUGUAUCCAACGACGGAAAGACCUACAUCUCAUUACAGAACUUUAACGCUCAAAUUUCUCACAUCGUGGGCCAACUUGACCUGGUGGGAGAGGGGAAACAACUCAAAAAAGACUUCGAUGGAUUUUCAUUUUGCUACUCAGAGAAGACAGAGAGUGGUUUUCGAGUGAUGGUGCAUUGCCCACUUGCAGGCGAGUACACUUUGAAAGUGUUUGCCAAGUAUUUUGGUGAGGGAAAAUCAGACACUUUCGUGUGUACCUAUCACAUAAAUGCACACACUGGUGUAGAGCCUGUACCAGGCUUUCCGCGAUUAUCGGACAGCUUUGUCUCGUGGGGCCUGGAGCUUAGGGAGCCUCAACAGAAUAUUUAUGCCCCGGAUGGACGAGUUUCUGUUAAACUGAAAACCCCGGAUAAUGUAUCAGUGGUUGGAUAUUUGAUGAAGGACAAACUGCAUCUUGACAUCAGUUUGUGCUUAAGUAACACAGCGGAGUGUAUUGGUACAAUUCUUGCUCACGCGCCCGAAGCUGGCAUUUUUCAGCUGAACGUGUUUGGUCAAAAACCUGAGAGCAAAGAAAGUGAAUAUUUAGCGACAUUCAUUAUCAAGUCUGAUCAAGCAGCAAACUCAAACCCAGGCUUCCCCUACCUGGAGGACGAGUUCAAGGAGUGGGGACUAGAGCUGGUAGAUCAGUUGGAGAACAUUAUUUCACUUGACAGUAUUGUAAAAGUCACAUUUUCUAAUCCUCACGGUAUUUACAUUACGUCGUGGCUGUUUGAUGCAAAUAACAAGCAGAUUGGCGACUCUUGUCCAGUGGAAACCGCUGACAGGAUGGCCGUCAUAACAUGUGAGCUUCCUAAAGCCGGGAAGUAUAAACUGAAUGUGUUCGGAAAAAAUCCAUUGAUCGAGAGCACAAAACAAGUGUAUCUUUGUACAUACAAAUUGUUAUUCACGAAAUGAUGUCAUUUCAAGAAGGACAAAAAUCAGAAGCACAAAGGUUUUAACAAUUCUUUCAUCUAAUUGAUGUAUUGCUGAAAAUUCGAAUUUACUCGCUGUAUCUUUAGGAGAUUCUCUCCCCAGUUGUUACUAUAAUUCUUAUGCCAUCUUACUCAUACUGCAUUUAAAGGCAAUAUGGGGUUCGAUCGGUAAAGAAACCCUGAAGGAGAUUAAACAAGAUGUAAAUUUCAACCCACACUGCAAAACAGCUGAUAAAUAUUCUGAAAACAGCCAAACAGACAGAACACCAUUCCAAAUUAAAUUUUUCUUGCAGAGGACUAAAUUACUUUUUUUUAAAUUGUUUAUGAUAAUUAGCUCGUUCUUUAAGAGGUAAACGUUAACUUAUUUUAUUUUAUUUUUGCCAGAUACACGUUCCAACGCCAACUUUACAUAGACUUGUUUAAUUAUCUCUUUCUUUUCCAUUUUUAAUUUGGCUAUCUCCAUUAUUACGUCCGCGGCUGACAGUUGCUAAAAGUUAAUCAGGAUCCUGGCCUGUCUUUAGGAGAUUUAUACAGAAAUUACCGCUUAGAUGUCGGCUUUUACAAGUUUUAUUUUCAUGAAAAAAGAUAACGAUCUUUUUGUGUAGUGGAAACUUAAGUUUUCGCUCUGUCGAAGUGACUUAACGAAUCGAAAGACAAACUGAACAGCUAGGUUAAGUGUUACUGCUAAAGAGGAAAAUAAUUAAUGGUGUUUUUAGUAUUAACAGCUACAGUGUUGAAUAAAAACGCGCACAAAAUUUGUCACAAUUUGUGGAAGUAGGUUUAGUUUGAACACCUUGCGUUUUAUGCAAAUGCUGAUGAAAAGUCAUAAUAGAAAAUAUAUUUUUUUAAUUUUCAAUAAAAAGGAAACCAAUCCGCUAUCAGUUUUCUUUGUUAGAUGAGCAGAUGGACGAGUUAAUUACUUCCUUAAAUUGAAAGUUUUAAGCGCCUUAGUCGUUCAAAACUGGAGGAAAAAGUUUAGAGGGCGGUGAAAAAUUUUAAGUACAGCUAAGGAUCUUCAAUUGUGGCUCUGACAUGGAACCAUUUAAAGCUACUUUUUGACUGUCUUGCGAAUGAAAGCUGUCAAGUUUAUUAAGUGUGAUCCGGAAUCUUUGAAAGGCGAAGGCAGUUCGCUACGUGGACAUUCGACUUCAGAAAUAAAUUCGUUGUUAUGCACUGCUAAAAGUAAACACGGAGAAUUUGAUCAUAAUUCUCUGUUGGAGGCGAUGGACGAGCGAAUGAAACGGGAGGAGUCGAUUUUGUCAACAAGUCCUCAUAAGAAGAUUGUUAACGCUGUCCGUUAUGCCAAGACAAUGAACUGCUCUCUUGACUCCAGCCUGGAAAAAACCAAGGACUUGUUACAUCGCGAAUUUGAGCGUGAAAUUCGACGCAUCUUCGACGUGCAGCAAGCUGCUUAUAAGGAGCUACCGGCAGGCAAGAGAACCACACGCUCCCAAGUAACGGGAGUCACAAACAAACAGUUCCGUCGGCGACUGAGUGAAGUAUUAGCGAGCCGAAGGAGAUCUGAAGAGUUUAAAAGAUCUCACACACGCUUUUCCCUACCAAGUCUAUCUCCAGUUGAACCAUCGAGUCGGCAAGAAAAUGUAUAUGUUCCUUUAUCCCGCCCGAAAAGGGACGGCGAAAUUAUCUAUUUACCGCCGAUAUAA